GUUGGCGUUGCUAAGGGCCCGGCGGCGAGUCCUGGAAAGCGGGGCCCUUAGCAACGGGGGAAAGUCGGUCUCCGCGAAGAUGCUGCCCAGCGGGGAAAAAGCCACCCCGGCGGCCGUCGUGGCCCCGCCGAGCCCGGAGCCCUCCAUGUACCGGCACAGGCCGGCCUCGGAGCUGACUCAGGACAUUUCCCAUUUGCUAACAAGUGUCUUUAAGAGCAUGUAUACUUCCGAGGUGAUAGGAGUGGACAAGGUAGAAAACAUGAUCAAGGCUCGUGGAGGAGAAAAUUCCUGUCAUGAACAGUUCGUGGAAGAGCUGCAAAAGGUCCGUGCUGAAUAUAAUGCCCGACUGGCAGAAGCAGAUAUGUUAGAAAAGCACAUCAUCCAAGCAAGGGCACGAGCCACCGCAGAAGAGGAAAGGAUGCUGAACCAAUAUAAAGCAGAAGUUCCAGAGGACUACCGUCAUGUUGCAUUGCCACCUGUGAAGUCUACCUUCAGAUGGUGUGUGGAUGAUGAACUUCUUCAGAAGCAUAAUUUAAUUAGUCCUGAAGAUUAUAUCAUGGACCCAGCACUCAUUACUCGAGCACCUAAAGAAGUAUCAGCGCCUGGCUAUUUGAAAGAAAUUCUUAGUUUUAAACACCAUAUUUCUGACAACUCAAAUUCUUCCAAAUUCAAAGAAAGCCCACAUAUUAAGAAAUUACUUGAAAGUCUGCCGGAUGUAUCCUUAUCCAGCUGUACUGUGGAGUCUUCCACUCCUGAUAUUCAAAAUCGAAUCAAGAAAUCAUUUUGUAAGAAAAAGUCCUGCCCCUUACGAAAGCCAGCGUGGAAGAACAUUAUGUCCAGAGCAGAAAGACAGAAAGCCCGUGCUCUCCUCCUGAGGGCUGAGGAACGCCACAACUUCCUGAAGAACCCUCGCUUUUUCCCACCGAACUCACAUUGCAACACCAGGUCCUUGAUUUUGCCUCAAAAGAAGGUGCAGCGAAUGAUAGCAGGAAGGAAAAAAACAGUGGCGAAAAGUGAUUGCCAGUCUGUGCCUGUCUUCCUAGCAAACCCACCUGCUGUCGUGUUUUCUUACUAUGAAGUUGGCCAGGUUUACGAGAUGACUAUAGAGUUGCAGAACAUGACGUCAACUUCUCAGUGUGCCCGGAUAAUUCCUCCAGCUACGUCAGCCUUUUCCAUCGGGUUGGGGAAAUUUCCAGGGGAAGGAGGACUCAUAGCUCCUGGAAUGAGUUGUCAGUAUGUAGUCCAAUUUAUUCCUGAAUACCUAUCAGAUUAUGAUGAUUACUUACUGGUAGAGUCACAGGCAACCUACCCACUUCUUGUGCCAUUGAAAGGCAGAAGGCCACCUCCAAUCUUAACAUUGCCUCCUGUCUUAGAUUGCGGAGCCUGCCUUGUCGGUGGAGUGAAAUUUGCUGAAUUUUUGUGCAAAAAUGAAGGGGCCAGCAUUGGGAAGUUUUGUAUCAUGCCGAAGAGUAUGUGGCCACCGCCUCACUUCCGAUCUGUUGCCACUUUUGGUUUUGUGGAGCAAGAACCAUUUGGGAUUCGUCCGGCCGUUUUUGAACUCCCUCCUGGUCAAUCUACGCUGAUUGAGGUUGUGUUCAUGCCUAUUAUGCCCGAGGUUUCCUCAGUGACCUACCUCAUUGUUUGUGACAACUGUCAGAGCAACGAGAUUACUGUGACAGGUCUUGGGCAACUGAUAGCUUUACAACUUUUAUCGGUUACUGGGGGAGAGAGCUGCCCUUUGCCUGGAGAGCUGAUGGAUGUAACAGCGCAACAUUUUGUACGCUUUGAGUCUCUGAAUCCACACGCGAUGGCAGAGAAAACGCUGGUUCUGAGGAAUAUGACCCAUGUGGAACUUCCCUUCUUCUGGCAGAUUAUGAAACCUAACCUGCAACCAUUAAUGCUGGAAGGGAAAGUGGACCUUACCAAGAUAAAAUAUAAUGUGGAGACAGAGUCAGCUUUCUCUGUAAUGCCUUCCAUGGGGAGGUUGCAUCCGCAUUCUGACCAUUCGUUUAUUCUCACAUUCAGGCCAAAAAAGCUAAUGGACUAUCACAGCGUGCUUCAGAUAGUGCUUGAGGAUAUCCCAGAAUUACCUAGUCCUCAAAACAUAGGGCUGUAUGAAAGUGGGGAAACCCAGCAAGAAGAUGUGAUUGCCUUGGAAAUAGACAUUAAAGGACAAACAGAACCAUUUCAACUGCUAUUAGAACCCUAUGCCAUUAUCAUCCCGGGAGAAAACUACAUUGGCGUAAACCUUAGGAGGACUUUUAAGAUGUAUAAUAACAGCAAGUCCCCAGUCACAUUUAUAUGGGAGAAAAUCAGCGAGUGUGACAUUCUGGAGGUUGAACCCCAUUCUGGACUAUUAGGGGAAAGUGAAUGCUGUGAAUUUGAGUUUGUUUUUACUGGAGGGAAACCUGGGCAUUCCUCUCAUGACCUGCAGUGCAAGAUCACAAAUUCGGCGGAGCCGGUGGUGCUGCACGUGGAAGCUGAUUUUAAGGGACCUCUUCUCUCCAUUGAUGUGCCAUCCCUUGACUUGGGCCUGCUGAAACUGCGAGAAAAAGCAUUGUGCACUUUUGAGAUCCAAAAUCUCAGCCAGUUGCCGGGAAAAUGGAAACUGCAAGAAAGCCCUGAUUGCCUAGCAGAGCGAAACGAAGAGACCUCCCCAUUCACGAUGGAGCCUGCCAGUGGAGAACUCGGCCCUCUUGGGAAGUGCCGCGUCUCUGUUUUGUUCACAUCAUACAUGUGUCAACGUCUCCAGACCGUGUUAGAAAUGGAAGUGGAAAACGGUGUUGGAAGUCAUAUUUCUGUUUUUGUGGAAGUUCAGACUCCUCACGUCUGCCUGCUCUCUAGCCAUUUACAUUUUGACCUCUCCAUUGGGAUUCCGGCAGAGGCGACUGCCGAGCUUUUUAACCAGACCUUGCUCCCUACUCACUUCCAAUGGGGAGAGCUUCUUGGAAGGCAGGCUGCUUCCUGCGUGGUUACCAUCUCUCCAGAAAGUGGCACUUUGGGUCCAAAUGAGAAGCAGGAACUGCGUGAAAAGCUGGAUGACCUCGCCAUGUGCUGUAGUAUUGAAGACAUGCUGGACCCACUCUUCCUGGCCCUUUCGGGUGAAGUAAAGGGGCUGCAUGUCACGUACUCUGUACCCUUUGACAGCGAUGAAGAGAAAAAGGCAGAGGGUUCUGAAGAUCUGAAACUCGACUUUGGGUCUGAAGUGCCACUGAAGAGGGUUAUCAAACGUCAGCUCAUCAUCACCAAUCAUUCUGAAUUAGCUGCUGUCUUCACAAUAGAGGUGGAGUAUUUCAGCAGCGGUCCACCACCACCGUCGGAAGAAGAGGGUUCCCCUGCGCGCAGCUGCACAGCAGUGGAAAAAACAAGACGAAUAACAAAACAGAUUGUAAAGAGAAAGCAGUCAGCUUUCAGAGCUGCCAUGCUGUCAAGUGGGAAGGGAGCGUCUUUCCACGUCUACCCCUCAGCAGGAACCCUGACGGCCUUUGAGCAGCUUUUUGUAGAAAUAACAGCCUAUAACAACAUGUGGGGACAUUACGAGGACAGACUCGUCUGUAAGGUGGGAGAAUCGGAGCCCAUGUUGAUUCCCAUCCAAAUGACUGUGAAAGGCUGCCCCAUAUUCUUGCAGAUGACAGGACCAGACCAUCCGAUGCCAACUCCUGUAAUCAGGUUUGGGGCCCACAUCUCCGGCGGAGAUACUGUCUCACGCUGUAUCCGGUUGAACAACCCUACUCCGUUUGACAUUCGGAUGGACUGGGAAAGUUACAACCAAGAUAAAGAUGAUGACAAAUUGGUGGACCUCUUGGUCUUCUACGGUGCCCCAUUCCCAAUUAAAGACCUGGAUGGUAAUGAGAUUGAAGUCCUCUGGGAAGCCGAAACUCUCUCGGGUAAAAUGUCCUCCAUCUCGGCAGGCACCUCGCUCACCACUUCCAGGGAGAACUCGACUCUUGAUCCAAUUUUUGAGGAUGAGGAAGGAUCAAGUGAGGAGGACACUGCUUGGCAGCCUCUUGCCCUGAAGAACAUAAUCUCUGUUGUCAUCCGACCCCACGAGGGGGUGCCUUCGGAUUACCCCUUCUGCAUAACUCCUAAACAAGUUGUCAUCCCCGCCGGUGGCGUUGCUGCCGUCCAUAUUUCCUUCACCCCACUUUUACUGCCAGAGAUCAUUAACAAGUUUGAAUGUGAAGGUUUUGGCCUCGGCUUCAUGAGUCUGGACAACUUGGCUGCUCGGGAGAUCCCUGGAAAAGUGACUCGUGGAGAUGGCCAUGCCGUGGCACCGAUGCGGCUAGACCUGCAAGCCUUUGUCAAGCCUGCUUUGUUAACUGUUGAAAUGGAUCAUGAGAGUGGCUUGUUAUUCCACGCAGUGGCCAGUAGUCUGAUCCCAAAUGGACCUCUUAAAGCGAUCCUGACAGAUGCACCCACCACUCUCAAUGUGAAACUGACCAACAAUACCGAGGCCCCUCUCUCCUUCAAGCUUCUGUUAACAAUGCCCUUUUCUAUUUCUGGAGUGGAUCCCAAGAAGACUAUUAAAACAUCUGGCAGCGACAGGGAUGAAGGAGGGAAUCGCCUUCUCCUCCAUGCGUUGGAGAACAUGCUGCUGAAAGUGUCCUUCCACACCACCCUGGAGUUGUUAACCUACCAGCACCUUCCAGAGGACCAGCUGGUGCCUGGACUUCAAGUACUCCAUGGUGCAAAUGGAGACAAAAUACUGGAAUUUAAGCAAGACCUUGUCAUCGAGUACAGCAACAAAGCAGUCCAGGUGCUCCCCAUGACGGCCUGUCUGACUGUCCCGGUUCUCGAACUCUCUCCCACGACCGUUGAUUUUGAAACCUGCCUGGUGAACCAAACAAGGACGGAAGCGGUCCUGGUGACAAACAGGAGCGGCUCGAGGAGCUACUGGACGGCUUUGCUGAAUGAAGAUGAAAGGCACCGAGACCCAGAAGUGUUUUCCGUCUCCCCAAAUAAUGGCGUUCUUGAAGUGCCCCAAGGCAGCGUGCCGGCAAAAGCACUUCUGCUGAUCCGCUUCACGCCAAGGGAGGAUGUGGACUAUGAAACGAUCGUGCCUGUUGUCGGAAUGCUCGGGGAAAAGCCUUGCCUGCUGCACAUCCGCGGAAGAGGCUCCUACGAUGAGAAGUACGAAGAGAGGCUCAAAACCUGAGCCCCCAACCACUUUCACAGUGGGCGAUCAAAAAGGCAGCUCAUUCAUGUGGCCGAAACUCAUUGAGGAGAGUGACAACCUGGCGAGCCCCGGUGCAUCCCAGCGGGUGACCCAAAGCAAUGGCGCCCCCAAGAGGA